AAAAAAAAAAAAAAAUACAGUCGGUGCAAUUCUCUCCCUAUCUACUUCUCGAAUUCUCAAUUUAACCCCUCUCGAAUUCUCAACUCCUCUUGUAAGCAGACCCUCUCCUUUUGUGAAGGGAGGAAAUCGAAGGGGUGCUGCUUUGCAGAUCUGAUCCAAAUUCAUGCAGUGAAGAGUAGUUUUCCUAUAUUUAACGAGAUGGGUAUACUGCUUACAAAAUUGUUCUCUUCUCUGUUCGGAAACAAGGAGGCCCGGAUCCUUGUUCUCGGCCUUGACAAUGCCGGCAAAACCACCAUUCUCUAUCGGCUACAGAUGGGUGAAGUUGUCUCCACAAUUCCAACAAUUGGAUUUAAUGUCGAAACAGUACAGUACAAUAACAUCAAAUUUCAAGUUUGGGAUUUAGGUGGACAGACAAGUAUCAGGCCAUAUUGGAGAUGCUACUUUCCAAAUACUCAGGCUAUAAUCUAUGUUGUUGAUUCGAGUGAUACAGAUAGGCUGGUGAUAGCCAAAGAAGAAUUUCAUGCAAUCUUGGAGGAGGAGGAGCUAAGAGGAGCAGUUGCUCUUAUUUUUGCGAAUAAGCAGGAUCUUCCAGGUGCACUUGAUGAUGCUGCAGUGACAGAGGCUUUGGAGUUACACAAGAUAAAAAACCGUCAAUGGGCUAUUUUUAAAACUUCGGCAAUAAAAGGGGAAGGUCUUUUUGAAGGCUUCGACUGGUUGAGUAAUACACUCAAAUCCGGAAGUGGGUAACUCUUGAUAUGAAGAAUUAAAAGCUUGCUGCUAUGUAGUCAGGCUGGAGCAACGAAUGGGGAAUGGUGUUUUUGCUUGGUAUGAUCUGAUACGUCAAUUGACCUUCUGAAUUUUUGGCUUUAAUUUUUUGGGUAAACCUCUGGUAUACAUGUAAGAUUUUUGUUAAAGAUUAACCAUGUUAUCCCUAAUUUUUUUACAUUAUGUACCUUCCCCUUCCCUGCUGCAAAACUACCUUUCCAUCCCUUUCCCACCUCAGAACUCCAUUUUUGUUCCAUGUUUAUAUCUCAAUUAGUUUCAUUAGCUUAGUCUGCUUUCUGAGUUGAACAAUCGGCAGCAAAGCAUUUGCAUCUUUUUUGUUGGACUGCAAAAUCUUCUGCUUUUCGUGUUCACUCUUCGAACAUGGAACUAUUAAUUAAGAAUUCUUGGGUUUAUUUUAACUGCUUCUAGCUUUUCUUCUGUUUACUUUUUCUUCAAUUUUUGGCCAUUAAUUAGACUUUAGACCGUGCAUCU